ACCCAGCCCCUCGUGUGCCGCAGCGGCGGUCUUCGUAGGCGCUGCUGCUCGCUCACAGCACUUGCCCCGACUGUCAGGUAGAGGCUACACGGGGGAGCUUUGACUUUGAGAGUCGUUUUUUGUCUCCGAUGAGAGAGGAAAUGGUGCGUGGUAUACAUAGAAAUGUGGGAAUCGAUCGAUUAUCAUUAAAUACUGAGGAACAUUUUAAUUGGAACUGAAAUAUAAAACUUUAGUAAAGUGAAGGCGGAACGAGGCACACGAAACAACUCUUCCUAACUCGACAUUAACACCGAUUUAAAAAGUGACAUUCUUGAACCUAUCCGUAAUCGAAUCGUUAAUUAUAAAAGACGGGUAUCGAUAAGCGCUAUGACGUCACGUCAACGAAAUACGCGAGUGACGUCAUCACAACGGGCGGCGUGACGUCAUCCGCAAGCCGCUCUCCCGCGUGACGUCACGCGGCUGGAGGUGCCGGCGCGCGCGGUGCCGGAACACGUGGGAGGGCAAUGGCGGACCACGACAACGACCACCGCCAGCGCCGCCGGCUCGCCGUGCUGUACGGCAGCCAGAGCGGCACGGCGCAGGACGUGGCCGAGCAGCUGUGGGGCGACGCGCGGCGACGCCGCUUCGACUGCCACCUCUCGGCGCUGGACGACUACGCCGUGGCCGGCCUUGUCUACGAGCCGCUGGUGGUCUUCGUGUGCUCCACCACUGGAGACGGAGACCCUCCCGACAACAUGAAGACGUUCUGGAGGUUCAUCUUCCGCAAGGCCCUGCCUGCGAACUCGCUGGCUCACACCUGGUUCGCCGUGCUGGGCCUCGGGGACUCCUCCUACGCCAAGUUCAACUUCGUCGCCAAGAAGCUCCACAAGCGUCUCCUGCAGCUGGGGGGCCGCCCCAUCGCGUCGCCCGGCCUCGCCGACGAACAGCACGAGCUCGGAGCGGACGCGGUGGUGGACCCGUGGGUGUCCGCCCUCUGGAGGGACGUUCUGCGGGAGUUUCCGCUGCUGGAUGGAGAGGAAGCCAUCCCUGACGACGCACGGUUACCGCCCCGCUACCGAGUCGACUUCGUGGAGCCCAGCGGCGAGGCCCAAGCUGACGGAGACGCCCGGGCGGGCGGAGACACCCCGGCUGACGGUGUCGCCGACGCCGCCGACGCGGUACCGGGGCCGUCGCCCCUCCGCCCGUUCCCGGCGCGCGUCAUCGCCAACGAGCGCGUAACGAGCGCGGGGCACUUCCAGGACGUGCGGCUCAUCCGAUUGGACGUCGCUGGCUCGGGGUUGCGGUUCCGUGCGGGCGACGUGGCGAUGGUCCAGCCGCCGUCCCCGGGCGAGGCGGUGGCAGCCGUCUGCCACCUGCUGCGCCUCGACCCCGAGCGCCACUUCUACGUCACGGCCAACCACCCGGGCCUUCCCGCGCCGCCCUCGCCGUCGCCGUGCUCCGUGCGCCGCCUGCUGGAACGCCGCCUGUGCGUGACGGCCGUGCCGCGCCGCUCCGCUUUCCGCGCGCUGGCGCGCCUAGCGGCGCCCGGCGGGGCGGAGCGCGAGCGCCUGGCCGAGCUGAGCGCCGCCGCCGGCCUCGACGACCUCUACGCCUACUGCCACCGGCCACGCCGCACCGUCCUGGAGGUGCUGCAGGAUUUCCCGGAGACGGCGGCGCGCCUGUCGCUGGACGACCUCCUGGACCUCGUGCCGCCCAUCCAGCCCCGGGCCUUCUCCAUCGCAAACUCCCCGCAGGCUCACCCGGACGAGGUGCACAUCCUCGUGGCGGUGGUGACGUACCGCACGCGAAUGUUCGCUCCGCGCCGGGGCCUCUGCUCCACGUGGCUCGCCAGCCUGGACCCCGGCAAAGGACAGGAGACGCCUCGCGUGCCGCUGUGGGUGAAGCGCGGCGCGCUGCCGCCGCCGUCGCCCGCGGCGCCGCUCAUCGCGGUGGCGCCCGGCACCGGGGUGGCGCCGUUCCGCGCCUUGCUGCAGGAGCGCUUCGCGGGCGGCCACGCGGGUAACGUGCUGUUCUUCGGCUGCCGGAACCGUAGUGGGGAUUUUUACUUCCGGGAGGAGUGGGAGGAGGCGGAGUCACGCGGAGACCUCCAACUCAUCACUGCCUUCUCACGUGACCAGGAGGAGAAGGUGUUUGUGCAACACAGAAUGCGCGAGGAGGGCGCCCUCGUGUGGCACCUGCUGCACGACAAGGGCGGCUGUCUCUACAUUGCCGGGAACUCCAAGAGCAUGCCGUCGGGAGCGCUGGACGCCCUCGAGUGGAUCGCCGCGACGUACGGCGGCCUGGGCGACGUAGAGGCCCAGGCCUUCGUGUCGGAGCUGGAGAAGACUCGGAGGCUCCAGUGGGAGACGUGGUCGUAGCUACGGCGGGGAGCGACGAGGUGGAGUUGCGACGAGGUGGGGCGACGUAGGUCGGAGCGUCGAGCGACGAGGUGGGGCGACGAGGGGGGCGACGUAGGUCGGAGCGUCGGGCGACGAGGUGGGGCGACAUUGGUCGUUGUCGUUAUUGGUCUCCGCCGCUCCGGGCGACGGCUCCCGGACGUGCCGGGAGGCCGCCGGCGUCGUCCUCGGUGGCCUCCGGGCUCUGGCCGCUCAUCUGGAACGAGGCCGUGACGCUGCGAUGAUGCAGCGGGUACACGGCGAGCAAACACGCCCAGCGUCCCCGUGUUAACACACACGCAGGCACACACACGCAGGCACACACACACAUGCAUCCACACACAUGCACACACACGCAGGCACACACGCAGGCACACACACGCAGG